AUGGAAGAUAUUGAGGAGUUGUGGUCAUCCCCAGAGAAGUCUCCGGCGAAGGAAAAUGGGUUCCACGAUUACAAUGACGAUUCGACUGGCUCAGAUGGCAGUGGCCCCGGUCCCACCGAUUUCCUCAACAGCGUGAAUGGCAGACGAAGCUCGUUUUUUCCUCCUCCUGUUGCUCGGUCGCCGAUGAAGACCGGGCUGACUGGGUCGCCACGGCGGACUCCGGGCCUACGCUCUUCGCAAAGUCCGCAGCGCGACAUUCCCUCGUCCAGCCCAUCAGAUGGCAAGGGUCUGGGAAGUGUCAAGGGAGAUUCGCGACAUGACGUUUCGCCCCUUACGAACCGCUCCAUCAAUGCACCAACCUUGAAUCAGUCACGCGCCAAAGCGAGCAAAACGGCUGAGCCGGUCCCGGCGACCUCCUUUUCGGACAGCGACGUGAACGGCGAUGAGAAUGGCAAUGCUUUCCAGGACGACUAUAUGGACAGCUUUGCAGCCGGCGACGAGACUACUCUAGGGGACCAGGGCGUGGACCAGGAGAACGUUGGUGACUCUUCAGUUUUGCUUCCUGAGUCGCGGGAAACGGAGCAGCGGAAACCUGCGGCCAAAAGCAAAAAGGACGCAGCUGGGACACGCGGCAAGACUAUCGCACAGACAAUCGAGAAUGAUAACCAAGAACAGCCUACAAAGCGAAAACGCGGCGGAAGAGCUCCCAAAUCACAGACUAAGCCAAACGCUGGCGAAGAAACCGAAUCACGACCAGCGAAGAAAGCCAAGACCAACAAACAACCGCAGGAUUCAGAUGUCCCCGAACAUCCCGAACUGGACAAGGUCGUGGAGAACUACGUCAAUCGCACGGGACCGCUGAAAGGACGAAGUCUGUACAUUCUCAAGCGGGAGACACCGACAGACAGCAGUACCACUCACACCCGGUCCGGUCGUGUGUCAGUAAGGCCUCUUGCGUACUGGAGGAACGAACGGUGCGUCUACGGUGACGGCGAGGCCGCCGAGGGACAGCGUUAUCCACUGUCGACGAUCAAGGAGAUCAUCCGCACCGAAGAGCUACCGACAGAACAACGCAAAGGCAACAAACGCCGACCUGCUAAGAAGUCGAAGUCGAAGAAAGAUGAAGACUCAGACAGCGACGAGGAGUAUGUUGACCCUUGGGAGAAAGAGGGUGGAGUCCUGCAUGGUUAUAUCAGGAAAUGGGAUUCGGAGAACCAGACCGGGACCGAUGAGGAAGAAGUCCUUGAUAUUGCAUAUGCGCCUUCGGGGAUCGAAACAAGGGCCGUGAAAGGGUCGAGUUUCCGAUUUGCCAAACUUCUCAGUUCUCCCUUCCUGGGAUCUGGGAUUGUAGAACUACCGCCCAGCGGGGUGAAGAAACCCAAGAACUCCAAACGAAUGCAUAUGGUAUUCUAUGUGUGCCAGGGCCGGGUGCAAGUCGACAUCUCCGGAGUUCAAUUCAGCGCUGGCAAAGGCUGUGUGUUCCAAGUCCCAAGAGGUACGUUCCCACCAUAUCUCCUAGGGUGA